AUUUCGUUUUGUAGCAGACCUUUGAGUAUCGGACAAGUGAUGAAAUCAUAUGUGACAAUCUUUAAUGGUUUUUGAGUAUCCGUAGCAUAGGAAAAAAUGAUCUGUGAUGUUAUGCCAACAAUUAACGAAGAUAUUGGAUCUCAGGGUGAUCGAGAUUCGCUGGUUAGUGCAGAUGGUACAAAUGUUGAAGAUAUGCUACUUAGCAUGUUGGAUGAACGUGACAGAUUAAUGGAAGGAUUGCGUGAAUCACAAGAACAAGUGACUGAGACAAAAACUCGACUAAAUGAAGUUGAAAGAGAACGCGACAAACUUCGUGCUCAGUUGUCAGCUAAAAUACCUCAGGAUAUUGUUGAAAUGUCAAAGAAACUUACAACAGUUGAAGAACAACUAAUUGAAAGAUGUGAUGAAAUCGAUGAUUUGAAAGCUGAACGAAAUAAUAUGAGAAUCCUUUUGGAACAUUUAGAAAAUUUAGUAGCUCGUCAUGAAAGAUCACUUAGAAUGACCGUGGUCAAACGACAUACAUUAACAACAAUGAGUAGUAGCAGUAGUACAAAUUCAUUGAUUCCAAUUGGCACAGAUAAUGAAACCGUAUGCUCUGAAAUGGAUACUUUAAAUUCUUCAUCGAAUUAUGCCAUGAAUACAACAACUCCAGCAUCAACAAGUCCUUCAUUAGCAGGAUUAGGUUCAGAAGCAGAAGUUUUAAAAGCAUUGAAAUCUUUAUUUGAACAUCAUAAAGUUUUAGAUGAAAAAGUUCAUAAUCGUUUAAGAGUAUCACAAAAUAAAGUGAUUGAUUUAGAGAAUGAAUUAUUUGAAUUAAAACGUUCAACAAUAAACAAGAAUUCUACUGUAAAUAUGUCUAAUAAUAAUAAUAAUGUAAAUCAAACAAUGAUAUCUAGUCAAACACAAGUUGACUAUGAUUUCAUUAAGAAUAAUAAUACAGAUGUAAUGAAUAAUUCUGAUCAAGUUCAAAAAUUCUCUAUUGAAGAAACUACUCCAUUAUCACAAGGAUCAGUCGGAAUAAGUAAAAAUUCGGAAUUAUUAUCAUCGCCACCAGUCUCGAAUAUUCCUUUAUCAAAUCUGGUCUACGAAUCAGCAUCAGCAGUUGCUAUUGAAGCAGCAAACAGAAUUAAAGAACUUCAACAGAAUCUUGACCAACGUGCAUCUGAAUUACUCGCAGCUCGGAGGCAAGUGAUUGAAUUGACAAGCCGAUCAAAAGAAAGCUCAAAUUCACUGAGUUUAGCACAAAGUGAAUUAAAUCGAGCUAAUGAACAAAUUGAAAGGCUUACUCGUGAACUACGUGAAUCUGAGCAACGAAGAACUGAUCAAGAAGCAUUAGCUGCAAGUUUAGAACAAAGAUAUUUAAUGGCUCAGCGUGAAUUGAACUCAGCUCAAGAUAUGACUGAUAAAUUACGCGCUGAACUAGCUUUCAAAUCAACACAAUUCAAACAGCAAGAAGAAAAAGUUCGAACACUUCAAAUUAAAUUAGAUACUGUAGAAGAUGAUCUGUUACAGAGUAGAUCAUUUUCAAAUCGUUUCUUAACUAAAUCAUUGAGAAGUAAAUACAUUCAUGAUGAAGUUGACAUUGAUGCUGAAGAUGGUGAUGAUGAUGGCGAUGGCAAUGAUGAUGAUGAUGAUGGUGAGGAUGUUGUAGUUAGAAUUGAUGACAAUGAAGAAAAUGUUUGCUCUGAUGAAAGUAAUCCUGAAUUAUUGAAUAAACAAACAUCAGGAGAGGAAACAGAACAAGAGACUGAUUCAUUCACUACUAGUCAAGAGAAUAAACAUGUUCAAAAAUUUAAAUCUGUUAGAUCUGGAUUAAGAGGGAACUAUUUUACUCGAUAUAUCUCUCAACUAGAAUGGAAUUCCUAUGAAGAUCGUGUGAAAGAAUUAGUAAAUGAAAUUGCAGAAGUUAGACAAGAAUUGACACGUGCUAAAGAAAGAGAAAUUAUCAAUGAAGAACAUAUAACUCGUUUAUCAGGCACAGUUGAUAAAUUGUUACAAGAAUCCAAUGAACGUUUACAAAAUCAUUUACAAGAAAGAAUGUCAGCUAUAGAACAAAAACAAGAUCUUACUAAUCAAAUUGAACAAACAAAACGAGCAUUAGAUACAGCUAUAAAAGAACGUGAAGCAAAUAUAACCGAAUCAUUGUUAUUAAGACAGAAAUUGUCUGAAUUAGCUGCAGCUUAUCGUCAUUCACAAGUUCAACUUGCAGCUGCACAUACAUCAACUACUGCAGUACAAGCUGCUAUUAUAGCAUUAGCAAAAGCAUCUGCUGAGAAAGUUAAAUUGGAACAAUGUUCACAACAGCACAAUAUAGUUGCCUCUAUGCCUAAUCCAGCAUGUCCUUCAAGUGUCAUGGAACAAUAUGGAAUGGAUCAAAAUAAUCCAAUUGAUUUAAUUUCAAAAUUGAUCAAUAAUCCAUGGAUCUAUUCACAAGCUAAUAAUAAUUCAGUAGGUGUUUAG